GCCGCUGUCUGUGGGUUGGCUGGUUAUUUUGCAAACGGGAGGGGCUGUGCGCGCUCCUGCCUCCUGCCUCUGUCCCCCACCCCCUUCCCCGGUCCCAGUCUCUCCUUCGGAAAGAUGUCGGACACAGCAGUGGCGGACACUCGGCGCCUUAACUCGAAGCCACAGGACCUGACCGAUGCUUACGGGCCGCCAAGUAACUUCCUGGAGAUCGACAUCUUCAAUCCACAGACGGUGGGCGUGGGCCGCGCGCGCUUCACCACCUAUGAGGUUCGCAUGCGGACAAACCUACCUAUCUUCAAGCUGAAGGAGUCCUGUGUACGGCGGCGCUACAGUGACUUCGAGUGGCUAAAGAAUGAGCUGGAGCGAGAUAGUAAGAUUGUAGUACCACCACUGCCUGGGAAAGCCUUGAAGCGUCAGCUCCCUUUUCGAGGAGAUGAAGGGAUCUUUGAAGAGUCCUUCAUUGAAGAAAGGAGGCAGGGCCUCGAGCAGUUUAUUAACAAAAUUGCUGGACAUCCACUGGCUCAGAACGAACGCUGCCUACACAUGUUCCUGCAGGAGGAGGCAAUUGACAGGAACUACGUCCCCGGGAAGAUCCUAGAAUCCUCUUCAAUUCCAGCUAGAAUGCUGUGGCAGGCACUUCGCAGAUUUGGUCAAAAGCUGGUACGCAGACGAGCACUGGAGCCAGGCAUGGCUGAGACUCGCCUUGCCAGAUGCCUGAGCACUCUGGAUUUAGUGGCCCUGGGUGUGGGCAGCACAUUGGGUGCAGGUGUGUAUGUCCUGGCUGGUGAGGUGGCCAAAGAUAAAGCAGGACCAUCCAUUGUGAUCUGCUUUUUGGUGGCCGCUUUAUCUUCUGUAUUGGCUGGACUGUGCUAUGCGGAGUUUGGUGCCCGAGUCCCCCGUUCUGGUUCUGCAUAUCUCUACAGCUAUGUCACAGUGGGUGAACUCUGGGCCUUCACCACUGGCUGGAACCUCAUCCUCUCCUAUGUUAUCGGGACAGCCAGUGUGGCCCGGGCCUGGAGCUCGGCGUUUGACAACCUGAUUGGGAACCACAUCUCUCAGACCCUGCAGGGGAGCAUCUCAUUGCAUGUUCCCCAUGUCCUCGCAGAAUAUCCAGACUUCUUUGCUAUGGGGCUUGUGUUGUUGCUCACCGGAUUGCUGGCUUUGGGAGCUAGUGAAUCAGCCCUGGUUACCAAAGUGUUCACAGUAGUGAACCUUUUGGUUCUUGGUUUUGUCAUCAUCUCUGGCUUCAUUAAGGGGGACCUUCACAAUUGGAAACUCACAGAAGGGGACUACAAACUGACUGUGGCUGGACUCAAUGACACCUAUAGCCUGGGCCCUCUGGGCUCUGGAGGAUUUGUGCCUUUCGGCUUUGAGGGAAUUCUCCGUGGAGCAGCUACCUGUUUCUAUGCAUUUGUUGGUUUCGACUGUAUUGCUACCACUGGCGAAGAAGCUCAGAAUCCCCAGCAUUCCAUCCCUGUGGGCAUUGUGGUUUCACUGUUUGUCUGCUUUUUGGCAUAUUUUGGUGUCUCUUCGGCCCUUACGCUUAUGAUGCCUUACUACCAGCUUCAACCAGAGAGCCCCCUGCCUGAAGCAUUUCUCUAUACGGGAUGGGCCCCCGCCCGCUAUGUUGUGGCUCUUGGAUCCCUCUGUGCUCUUUCUACCAGCCUCUUAGGUUCUAUGUUCCCCAUGCCUCGGGUGAUCUAUGCAAUGGCAGAGGAUGGACUCCUGUUCCGUGUCCUUGCCAGAGUCCACACGGGUACACACACCCCCAUCGUGGCCACUGUGGUCUCUGGCAUUAUUGCAGCAUUCAUGGCGUUCCUCUUUGAACUCACUGAUCUUGUGGACCUUAUGUCGAUUGGGACCCUACUUGCCUACUCCCUGGUGGCUAUUUGUGUUCUCAUCCUCAGGUAUCAGCCUGAGCUGAAGAAUGAAGAGGAUGAAGUGGAGCUGCAAGAAGAGAACAUGGCUGGAGCAGAGAAGCUGACCCUACAGGGGCUGUUCUGUCCACUCAGCUCCAUCCCUACUCCACUCUCUGGCCAAGUUGUCUAUGUCUGUUCCUCACUGGUUGCUCUGCUGCUGACUCUUCUUUGCCUGGUGCUGGCCCAGUGGCCCGUUCCACUGGUUUCUGGAGACCCAGUGUGGACUGUAGUGGUUGUGCUGCUCCUGAUGCUCGUUACUGGGAUCACUGGGGUCAUCUGGAGACAGCCACAGAGUUCUACUCCCUUGCACUUUAAGGUACCUGCUUUGCCUCUCCUCCCUCUAAUGAGCAUCUUUGUGAAUGUUUACCUUAUGAUGCAGAUGACAGCUGGCACCUGGGCCCGAUUUGGGGUCUGGAUGCUGAUUGGGUUUGCUAUCUACUUUGGCUAUGGGAUCCAGCACAGCUUGGAAGAAGUUAAGAGUGACCAAGCCCCACUCAAGUGUAGGGCCAAAACUGUAGACCUUGAUCUCAGCAAUGCCUGUACACAUUCGAUUUGACGUCAUCAUGCCUGAAUGCUGUCUGGUUCCCUUGCGCAGUAAUGGAGAGUACCUUUGAGCAUAGGAGAAGCUAGGGCUCCCAUGGGAUGUCAGUGGGGGAAUGCUAAUAGAGCUCUGUAUUUAUUGUGGAGUGAAGGAUGUGUCUUUGCUGUUCCUCAUGCCUUUUAUUUUUUUCUUAGUGGUCUACUUUUCACUUGUGUCUGUAGCUGCU